UUGGAAUUUCACACAAUUAUUUACAUUGGCUUGUAUAUAUCGUUACUCAGGUGUAGAAAUAUUGUAUUAUUUUAAACACCAUUAUACAAUCACACGGGAUUACGCCAGCCUAGGAACGCUUGUUAACAUGUUAUUACUACUUCAAGAGUUUGAUAGAUUUCUGAGAAAAAAUGGCACGUUAAUAGUACAUGCAUAAUGGCAACUACUGAAAUGAAAGAGGUAUUAUGUCCGUUUGUUUGUGGACUUUGUUCCAAAGGAUAUGACAAGAUUGGUUUAUAUUACGCUCACCUUAAAACACAUGGAGAAAUUGAAGGUCUUGAUGAAUUAUAUGAUGUACAUGUAGCUGGUGAAAACUAUACUGUGGAUAAAAACACAAGUGACAUUGAGCAUGCUGAGUAUAUCUGUGGUGUUUGUUAUCAGUCCUUCUCAUCCAUGAGUUUAUUGCAUAGUCACAUGGUAGAUAAAGAAAAGAUUUCCAGCUACAGUUACUGUGAUGAAGAUCAUACAGCUAGAGCAUACAAAAAGUUAUCUAAGGACAGUCCAAAAACUGUGGAGAACAAAAAAAAAACUGACAUCAAUGAUGAGCAAGUAGUUAGUGAUGAGAGUCCAGUAAAUGCUAAAAAGAAAAGAGGUAGACCAAAAAGGUUGAAGGAACAUGUUAAGAAUGAGCAUGAUGGAACAGACCUUAAUGCUUUUAAAAAUGUAAAUGCAGACAAAAGUUAUUCAUGUGAAACAUCUACUGAGCAAAAUGUUGUCAAAAGAAGAGGCAGACCUAGUAAAAUAACCAGUCCAAACAUAGAUGAACAACCAAUUAGAAAUAAUCAUGCUGGAAUGAAGCGCAAAGCAACUGAAGAAGUGGCAUCUGAAGCUUUUAAACAGAGAAAACUAAAUAAAGAUACAGAAACAACUGAUGGCAAAUGUAAUGAAAGUUUUGAGGAGAGCUCAGUAUCUAAGUAUGGCACACGUAGAAGUGUAGGUCGUGCAACAAUGAAAAAGGUAGAUUACAAGGCAUUGGCUGGGUAUGGAACUCCCACACACCAAGAUAAAGAAGAAGUCACUAAAGGGUACGAAAAGCGAGCAGAGAAAAAUAACGUAAGAAAUGAGAAUGAAACAAAGAAGAUUAUAAGAAAGGAAAGUAAGAUGGAAGUGACUAAAAAAAAAGUUGAUAUGAAUGAGCCUGAAAAACUAAAUUAUUUGAAAACAAUUCAGUUGGAAGAAGUCAGUCAUGCUGAAGUGGUUGAAGCUGCAUUUGAAGAUAUGCCAGAGCUUUUAAAUGAAGCUUAUGUAGAAGCUAAGCCGUUAAGACAAUCUGAGGAGGAAGUUGAGAAAGAGAUUAUGCAAACUGGAAGGCUUCCAAAAGAAACUGCAAGAGAAUAUUAUGAUAGAAAGCAUAGAGAAGGACGAAGUGUUGUUAAGAAAAACAUGCUGUACUCCUGUGCUAUCUGUGGUAGACUGCUCACAUAUAAAGCUCUUCGUAGACACAAGCUUACACACAUGAUUGAUGAUAAUCAUAAACCCUUUAAAUGCCGCCAUUGCAACAAAUCCUUCAGGUCGAAGAUACAUUUGGAGGAUCACAUAAGGGUUGCUCAUAGAAAGUACCGAUUUAAAUGCUCAAAGUGCGACCGUUCUUUCAAAUCCCGCCAGAUGAUUGAGCAGCACAUAGCAAAACACAUUUUACUGAAAGAAGUGGAAGAGACAUCAUUAAAUGAAAUUUCAUAUGAGAUAAUAGAAGUCCCUAGAGUAAAUGAAACAAGUCUAAACAAGGAGGAUGAAACUGAAACAGUUAAUGAAAACUCCCAAGCUAUUAACCAAAAUCAUAGAGAACCUUAUGGUUCAGGUACUAUUAACAUAGAAGCUAAAAAUGUAGUGAAUCCUGAUGGAACUACAACAUUUGUGUAUAAAUCUACAGAUGGCCUUUUUGAGAUGGUACAGGAUAAGUCAAUUAUAGCAAAAUGGAAAGCAGGAAAGCUGUUGAGCAAGUCAGAAUCAAAUAAUCGAUGUGUUGAAAAGUUUGAAACAAGCAAUGACAGUGAUGGUGAAGGCUCCACACUUAAAAAAGCAAGGGCUGAAUAUUUACAGCCCCAGAAAUGCGAUGUCUGCAACAAAGUCUUUCAAGACAAGUAUAUCUGUAACCGGCAUAAGAGAAGGUUUCAUUUAAAAAAGAUCUAUUACUGCCCUUUAUGCAAGAAGGAACUGAUUCGAAAAGAUACCUACCAGUCCCACAUGAGAAAUCAUGUCGAGAAAAAUCAAAUCAAAGCAAGCGAGGUUGACUUUAAUGCCACAGUUAAUCGAGCUGAUGUGGAGAUAGUGAAUGAAAAAGAUGAAGACUACGUAAGAAGGACUAAACCAAAGCCUGUAGAUGAUAGUGGAAGUUCUUCAAAGCUGAACACAACUUGCCAUAUCUGUGAAAAGAUGUACACCAGUAGCAACCAGUAUCGUCAACACAUGCGAAGAGUUCAUAGCAGAAGGAUUUAUUACUGUGACCUCUGUAAGAAAGAACUCAGGAAGAAGGAAAGUAUGAGAAGCCAUAUGCAGACUCAUAUCAAUAGGGGCGAAAUUUUGGAAGAAGAGGUUGAUUUUAACAGAACAAUCGAGAUAGAAGAGAGCAUUUAUGUAAAUAUCAACAAUGAGGAUUCAAAUGAAUUUGAUGAGAUUGCCGAGUUAGAAGAAGCCAUUUCUGGGGACGAGGAGGAUAUUGAUAAAAUUUCUGAGCAGUUAAAGGAACCAUGUAAAGUUGUAAAAAUUAAACCUUUGGAAAAAUCUGGUGAUUCAAAUAAAACAGGUGGUAAACAAUUGGAACAAAAUGUGAGUGAUACCAAUAAGGAUGAAAGCGACAAGGACUCUACAAUGGAUUUCCAAAUCGACGUAGAUGAAAUCAUGUGCGAUGUAUGCCACGCUGUCUUUGAAACAAGUGAGCAUCUCGCUUUGCACAAGCUGAGAACACAUAAGAAAAAUGUUAUUCUCACUUGCUCUGUAUGUAAUGCGACCUUUAAGACACAAAACUCAUUCAAUUACCAUAGAUCGCAACAUCUUCUGAAGUCAGACAAGUACUAUUCCGAAGAAGUUGUUAAAAAAUUGCAGCAAGAAAUGGCAGAUGAUCUUAAGAGGAUGAAACCAAGAGGCCAACGGGGAAUCGGAUCACUGUCUAAGAGGGAUUCAGAAAUGGCUGCCUGUGAAAUAUGUGGGGCUCAAAUUUAUGUGAAGCGACUGAAGCGUCACAUGGAGACUCACAGGGACACGAAGGAGUUCCAGUGCGACAUCUGCUUUAAGUACUACAAGAGUAGGCGCUACCUCACUGACCACAAGGUGAAGUCACACAAGAAGAAAGCAGACCAGGUGUGCAACAUCUGUGGCAAACUGUACAAAGGGGCCAAGUACUUAGAGAUCCACAUGCAGACUCACGGCCCUAGGGACAAGAUCUGUACUUACUGUGGCAAGGGCUUUACUACCGAGCUCUACCUGAAAACACACCUUCAGACACAUCUAGAGAAGAAGAGCUUCAAAUGCCAGAUAUGUGAGGCAGGGUUCAGUCAACGAGUCCGUCUGAUGAUCCACAUGACUGAGAAACAUGACUACCCUGGGGCCAGCAAGUGCAAAUACUGUGGGGUGAUGUUCCCGUCUCGUCCUAAAGCCAGGAAUCAUGAGCGUGUAGUGCAUGAGGGUGUAAAGCAGAAGAGGAAGAAGAAUGGUCGUCAUGGUUAUGGCAGGCGCAGCAUCAUCUCGCCAGGAGAGGGCUAUUCAGUGUAUCUCCAAGGAAACAAGACAGUGCCUGUCAUUUUAAUGGAUGAGACAGGCAAGGAGACCACCAUUCCUGUGAUGGCAGUCAACACCUCUCGUCUCACAGAGUCUGUAGAGCAAGAGGAGGUACAAUCAGGCCAGGAGGAAUACAAGUUCAUGAUUAAGAGCGAAGGCAACGAUCAGGUGGAAUUUGUGGAACUAUCAGAAGGCGAGCAGAACUUCAUCAUUCAGACUUCAGAAGGAACUGCAAGUGGGACUGCCACUGAAAUGGUUUCUAGCGGCAAUGGCAGCGACUAUGAGGCUCAAGUGUGUGACUUCGACGGUCAUGUGCUGGAAAUCCCAGAGGACGCACAGCAAUGUCAGAUCAUCCUGUACCCCGAUGGAACUUUUAAGUUGCUCAAUGUCCUGGAUGCGGAGAAAUAGGGUUGUCAUUCUGGGCCGUAUUUAAAAUAUAGACUGCACAGGCUGAUCUGGGACAACACUUGAUGCUUAUUCAUUGAGUCCAGUUUUUCGUGAACAAGGCUCAAUAUGCCCCCGGAUCGAAUGAUCGGGGUAUAUUGUUUUCGGCCUGUCUGUCUGUCUGUCAUUCUGUGGAAAACUUUAACCUUGGUAAAAGUUUGGCAAUAUUGAAUAACUUUUGCAAUAUUGAAGAUAGCAACUUGAUAUUUGGCAUGCAUGUGUAUCUCAUGGCACUGCACAUUUUGAGUGGUGAAAGGUCAAGGUCAUCCUUCAAGGUCAAAGGUCAAAUAUAUGGCUUCAAAGCGGCGUCAAAACUUUAGACUCGGUCAUAACUAUUGCAAUAUUGAAGAUAGCAACUUUAUAUUUGGCAUGCACGUGUAUCUCAUGGAGCUGUACAUUUUAGGUUGUGAAAGGUCAAGGUCAUCCUUCAAGGUCAAAUGUCGAAUGUAUGGCUUCAAAGCAGCGCAAUACGGGGCAUUGUGUUUCUGACAAACACAUCUCUUGUUUAUUUAACAAUUAUUUAUUAUUAAUUAUUUAUUUCGCCCUGGAUGUGGAAAUGUUUUAGACUAACAACUUGGACACUUAUGUUUUAUAACACAUUAUUGAGUUGUCUGGGCCUGUAUUCACAAAGCAACUUGAUGUUCCAGACUGAUUUGUCAGUAAUUUGAAGAAAUGUACCAGCAUUCCAUACUGGGCGGAGUGGCGGAAAACGCGAAGCUUCACUUAUUCAAGAAAGUUAAAAAAGAUCAAUAAAAUAAAUUUAUUCAAUGAUCAAUACAAAAGAUGUUGUAACACAUAAUUAGCCUUUAUAAUUUGUUGAAGCAAAUUUCUAUGGAUACUUUUUAUUUGACAUUGUGCAACAUUUUCAUUAAACAUAGAAUUUUCAGUUAAAAGUGAAUGUUGUGCACCAACAUUUUACGAUUACUGAAGGUCACUUAUUUAAGCCAUUUCCUUUGUAUGUCUCACAUGUUCUUUAUUUCAUUAAUUAACUGAACAUACCGGGACAUGUGAAAUUGUUGAAACACAACAUUAAUUUGCUUGUGUAUAAGAAAUAUAUCAUUUUUCUUCAAACGCAUUACGGAAUACUUAAUAUUUAAUAUCAUUAAGUUAUCACAUGUGAGGAAAACUAACUAGGAUGCAGUGAUAAGUUGGCAUUUUUCCAGAAAGCAUUACUUUGUAGAAACUUUGUACAUAAUGUUUAUGAAUAUGAAAUUAUUUAAGGUAAACUAUGUAUUUGCAUUCUGUUGUUUCUAUGCCCCCGGAUCAAAAGAUCGGGUGUAUAUUGUUUUUGGCCUGUCUGUCUGUCACUGUGUCAUUCAGUCAGUCGUUGUGUGUGUCCCAAAAAAUUAACCUUGGUCAUAACUUUUGCAAUAUUGAAGAUAGCAACUUGAUAUUUGGCAAUCAUGUGUAUCUCAUGGAGCUGCACAUUUUGAGUGGUGUAAGGUCAAGGUCAUCCUUCAAGGUCAAAGGUCAAAUAUAUGGCUUCAAAGAGGCGCAAUAUGGGGCAUUGUGUUUCUGACAAACACAUCUCUUGUUUUUUUUGAGUUUCAGAAAAAAAAUCUUAUUUUUUUCCAAUUUAUUCCGAUUCCGCUCUUGUCAAAUGUAUGCUACUUUCUUAUUAUUUUUUUCCCAUUUUAUUCCAAUUCCACUUUUGUCAAAUUUAUGAAGAUAAACAUUUUGGACUUAAAAAUAUAGGUAGACAUGGUUUUAUUGUUGUCUUUGAAUGUUGCAUGUUAAUGGAUUAAUGCCUUAAAUGUUUAAUUGGUUGAACAUUUACCGUGAGAAAGAUCCUAGACACCAACUGAAUGUUUCACACAUCUAGAUGUGUUUUCAAGGUUUGUUCACAAUGUUGAUGUUUUAACUGUUGGUUAGUUGAAUUGGCAUGUAAUGAAUUUACUUUUGCAACUGUAUAAUAAUGAAUUGCUGUUACCAAGAUCAUGUUAUGAAAAUAGUCCAUGCUUUGUUCAGUUGAUUUUAAAAAUUAAAGAUGACCUAAUCGUA